AUGGCUUCAGGUGCGGGUGUCUGCAAAACUGAAAACUGCGGCCCCGGAAAGGACCACACUCCCAUCCCCGCCCUCCGUCGCCUCCUCCUCUGGAACUGCGCCUCCGAAUGCGACUACACAUGCCAGCACAUCGUCACGGCACAACGAGUCGCCGCCCGCGAGCCCAUUGUCCAAUUCCACGGCAAAUGGCCCUUCUACCGCUUCCUCGGGAUGCAGGAGCCCUUCUCGGUGCUCUUCUCCCUGGGUAACCUCUACGCCCACUGGGACGGGCUGGCGAAAGUGCGCGCCCGCAUCCCCGCCUCGUACAGCCUGCGUCCGUUCUACGUGGUGCUCGCGCACGUCGGAAUCGCCAGCUGGAUCUUCAGCGCCAUCUUCCACACGCGCGACUUUCAGCUCACCGAGGAACUGGACUACUUUGCCGCGGGAGCCAAUGUCCUCUACGGGAUGUACUACACGCCCAUUCGCAUCUUUCGAAUCGAUCGACCUUCGCCGAGGAGACGGUCGGUUCUCCGCGCGUGGACGUUGCUGUGUGUGCUGCUGUACGUCUGCCAUGUCGCGUACUUGAAGGGUGUGCGGUGGGACUACACGUACAACAUGGCUGCCAACAUCGCCGCUGGAAUCGUGCAGAAUAUCCUGUGGAGCUGGUUCAGUAUCACUAGCUUCAAGAAGUCGGGCAGUCUGUGGUCCAUUGUGCCUGGUGUUGUUGUCGCUUGGGUCAUGUUUGCUAUGAGCAUGGAGCUGUUUGAUUUCCCGCCCUGGCUGGGGUGCAUUGAUGCUCAUAGCCUGUGGCAUCUGCUGACAAUUGGGCCCACCAUUUUAUGGUACAAUUUCUUGCUCAAGGAUGCGCAGGCUGAUAUCGCGGGUGCUGAACGAUACAAGGCGUAA